AUGACCUCUGUAGAAGCCCCGUUGGACUUACCUGCUCGGCAAAGCCUGGCUUUGGAGUUCAUUAAAAUCCGUGAAAAAAUCGAGUCAGCGAUGGAGGAGACCGGAACCAGGCUGGAACCGAUCGCGGCCAUGCUGCAAAGGCAUCCUCAGGAGGUGCAACGUCUCGAGCAGCGUGUGGAGGAGGUCGAGCAGUGGACCAUGGCAUCAGAGACCGCUGCCGAAUCCUCGGCGGGAUGGAUCCAGGCUCUGGAAAAGCAGGCACAGGCCUUAUUGGAGCAGGUCGAUGACCUUGAUUUUCAAGGUCGAAGAAAUAACGUUCAUGUUAUUGGGCUGUUGGAUCAGCAGUUUAACCUGAAGUACACCUCUCAGCUUCCUAAAUGUACGGCAGGUGAAUCAGAGAGGUACCAUGAAGAUUCUGAGGGGUUAAUUAAUGUCAGAGGUCUUUCAGCUGCCAAACUCCUCAUAGAGAAGGGCCUCAAUGUGGUGGUCUUGGAGGCUAGAGAUCGUGUUGGAGGAAGAACAUACACUGUUCAAGGGCCGGAGUUCCAGUAUGUUGACUUAGGAGGAGCAUAUGUUGGGCCCACGCAAAAUCGGAUUUUGCGUUUAGCAAAAGAACUGGGUAUAAAUACAUAUAAAGUUAAUGAGAAGGAACAACUGAUUCACUUUGUGAAGGGGAAAUCUUACCCAUUUAAAGGGCCAUUUCCUCCUGUGUGGAACCCUAUUGCUUACUUGGAUUACAACAACCUCUGGAGAACAUUGGAUGAAAUGGGAAAGAAGAUUCCUGCAGAUGCACCAUGGAGUGCUGAACGUGCAAUGGAGUUGGAUAACAUGACCAUGAAAGAGUUAAUUGAUAAACUUUGCUGGACAAGGGUGGCGAGAGAAUUUGCAACACUCUUUGUCAAUGUGAAUGUAACUUCAGACCCUCAUGAAGUCUCUGCUCUUUGGUUUCUGUGGUAUGUGAGACAGUGCGGAGGGACAAUGCGGAUAUUUUCUACCACAAAUGGAGGCCAGGAAAGGAAAUUUAUUGGUGGUUCGGGACAAAUCAGUGAGCGCUUAGCUGAGCGAAUGAAGGAUCGUGUGAAGCUGAACAGGCCAGUAGUGAGAGUGGAACAAACUAAGGGAACUAUCCGUGUGGUGACAUUACAUGGAGAGGAAUAUGAGGCUGAUUAUGUCAUUAGUGCUAUCCCACCAACCCUCAUUCAGCAAAUUCACUACAAUCCUCCACUGCCUCCAUUACGAAACCAGUUGAUCCAGCGUGUGCCAAUGGGAUCCAUCAUUAAGUGUAUGGUUUACUACAGCCGGGCUUUCUGGAGGGAGAAAGGUUAUUGUGGUACUAUGAUGAUUGAAGAUGAGGAGUCACCUAUCUCCCUGACACUGGAUGACACCAAGCCUGAUGGUUCGCACCCUGCAAUUAUGGGGUUCAUAUUGGCAAGGAAGGCGCGACUUUUACUUCAUCUCACCAAAUCAGAGAGGAAGCAACGAAUCUGCCAGAUUUAUGCCCGAGUCCUGGAGACAGAAGAAGCUCUAUAUGCUGUUCACUAUGAAGAAAAAGACUGGUGUGAGGAGCAGUACUCAGGUGGCUGCUACACUGCAUACUUCCCACCAGGGAUGUUCAUUCAGUUCGGCAAAGUUCUGCGUGAACCUUUCGGGCGGGUGUACUUUGCUGGUACUGAGACAGCCACCAAGUGGAGCGGUUACAUGGACGGAGCAGUACAGGCUGGGGAACGGGCUGCCAGAGAGGUGAUGUGUGCCAUAGGAAUUAUUCCAGAGACAGCAAUCUGGACCCAUGAGCCUGAGGUUCAGGAGGUUCCAAGUCGACCGAUCAUUACAACAUUCUGGGAACGACAUCUGCCUUCUGUGCCAGGAUUAUUGAUGGCGCUUAGCAUUUCCACAUGUCUGGCAGUUGCUGGAUUAGUCAUGUCCAGGAAAAUCUGUCUGCUUAGGGCUUGAAAAGGAACAGUUGUUUGGCAGUGGUUAGAAAGUUGUUGUCACAAGCAGUAACUUUUUGAGUUCAUUAAUGGUGCCAUUUUGGCACUGAGGUCAGAGUUUGAUCCAUUCAGGGCAGCUGAGGGCUGGGUUAUUUCUGAGUGUACUGGACAAAUCACAACUAGUAUUGUAGAGACAUCAGAUCUUUCACUAAGGAGGGAUUUAUUGCAUUUUAUGAAGU